CCGCGGCGCGCCUCGAUCGACCGCGUCGGCUGCUCGGACCAUCUCGCCGCGUCGUAGGCCCGCGCCGCGUCGGCUCCAUGGACGCGCUCACGCGCGGCGCGUCCUUCGGGGACCUCGGCGGCGACGUCGUCUUCCCGGAGACGCCCAAGGACCCGCGGUCGCCGCCGACGUUCGUUCUCGCGGCGUCCUCGUGUUCCUCCCCCGAUCCUUCCGCCUCCCUACGCCCGAGGAACCCCGUUGCCCCACACUCCAUACUCCCGGAAAUCCGAGGGCAUCGGGCGACUCCGGAAACGCGAGGGACUCCGACCCCGUCGCCGCGUUCGCGACUCCCGAACCCGCAGGCCCCACGGCG